CUAUCUAUCUAUCUAAUAAUCUAACCAAAAUGAUAUGAAGCAAAGAAAUAGUGGGUUUGUCCGCACUCUACUCUACAAUGGCCGCUUCUCUCUUGAAUCAAUCAUCUCUAUUGGCCUGUUGUUCAUGUUCUUCUUCUACUUCUUCUAAAUCUCCACAACCACCACCCAAAUUCGCACGUUUUCCACCUCGCCCCUUUCAUGCCUCCAACACUAUCAAAUUCUUAGGGUUUCCAACCCCCUUUGCCUCUAUCAAUCCAACUCCACUCUUUGCUUCAACUACAAAUAAUGAAACAGAGGAGACUCGGAAUGGUGAAGAUAAAAAACCUUUACCUAGCUUAGUGGUCCUUAUUGAAGCAUACAAGAAGGCCUUUCUUAACGGCAAUGAAACGACUGCAUCUCAGAUUGAAGAAAGAAUACUAUCAUUGGCAAAUAAAAAGAAUAAAUUGAUUCAGAAAGUAUCUAGUCUGUCGGCAGAUAAAGUUUCUGGAAAGGAGCAAUAUCUUCGCUUACAAGCGGAUUUUGAUAACUUUAGGAAAAAAUGUGACAAAGAAAGAAUUAGCAUCCGAUCAGAUGCCCAGCAAGAAUUUACUAAGAAACUUUUGUUGAUGGUGGACAGUUUCGAAAGAGUCAAACAACAGAUUGAAGCAGCAACGGAGAAAGAGAAGAAGAUUGAUGCAAGCUAUCAAAGUAUUUACAAGCAAUUUGUUGAGACUCUGAGGAGCCAUCAUGUUUCUGUGGUACCAACUGUGGGCAAGCCUUUUAAUCCCUUGCUACAUGAAGCCAUUGCACGUGAGGAGUCUGAAGUGUUCAAAGAAGGGAUUAUAAUUAAAGAAACCCGACGAGGUUUCAUGCUGAGAGAUAAGGUUGUAAGGCCAGCACUUGUGAAGGUUUCCUUAGGUCCUGGGAAUAAGAAAUCUUCAGCGGCGCCUGCCAAGCCCUUGGAGCAGCCUUCAACAGCUGCUAGAAUUGAUGAAAGAUAAUUUCUUGAACUUUCUCUGUUAUUCAUCAAAAGCUGUUCCAAUUGCUUACCUGGUAUCUUGUCAUUGGUAUACUUGAAAUUCUUUUUUGUUCUAUCGAUAUGUUGGCCCCAAGUGAGUAUGAUAUGCUUCAUCAUGGAAAAAGGGAAUUCAUUUUAAUCAUGAAAAAUUGAUAAAUUUAUCAGGCAA